UUUCCAACGAGACCAACCCCAAACAAUCUGACUGUGAGAUAAAGGAGCAGCGCGCCCAAAGUUUUAAACCAUGAGCUGGGCCAUGGAGGAGUGGAAGGAUGGACUUCCAGGGAAAGCCCUGCAGAAGAUCCAGGAGAUGGAAUCCCAGCUGGACAAACUGAAGAAGGACAGGAACCAGAAACAGUUUCAGCUGGACUCCUUAGAGGCUACCCUGCAAAAGCAGAAACAAAAGGCGGACGGUGAACGUUCUGAGACCUCUGCUUUGAAAAGAGAGAACCAGUCUUUGCUAGAGUCUUGUGACUCUCUGGAGAAAGCUCGUCAAAAGGUCAUCCAUGACCUCGGAGUCAAAGAGCAGCAGGUGAGCUACCUUGACGGCCAGCUGAACGCUAGCAGGAAGACCAUAGAGCGACUGGAGCAUGAGCUUAAGAAGUACAAGAAUGAACUGGACCGUUCGCAGCCUGCUGGCUCUUCCUCCUUGUCGUCCUCCUCCUCUUCUGAUAUUCAGCACUACACUACUCCACAGAAGAGUUACCCUACCCCAGUUUCUGGAGCAGCCUACAGGCAGCAGGAUAACAGACUAGAUGAGCUUCAGGAGAAAUACAGCCAGGAGGUGGAAGAAAGAAAAAGGCUGGAGACUGAACUCAAAGUCAUGCAGGUCAAAAUGUUGAACCAGUCCUCAGUCAGUGUUAGCCACAAGGACAUAGCUGCUCGCCAAGCUGGAUCUUCGAUAUUCCCAUGGCAACAGGAUCAGGCCCACAGCCGCCAGUCCCAGGAUGCAAUGGAAACGCCUCUGAAGAGGCAGGGAGCCUCCCUGUGGGACGCCCUGGAGGAAACCCCCAUUAAAAGCAGCCAGCGGAUGAGCUCUACCAGAGCGGCGCAGAGUCCCUGUGGAUCCUCCCAACAGAUGGAGCAGCUGAAGACACUCAACCAAGAGUUGCGUGGCCGUGUGUCAGAGCUGGAGAGGAACCUGUCCACUCAGGAGAAGGAUAUUCGUAACCAGGCAUCCAAGCUGCAGGAACUUCAAACCCAACUGACCCAGGCCCGCAAAGAGCUGACUGAGCGGGACAGAGACGUGGCCAAGACCAGCCACGAGCUGAGUCAGGCCACAGACAGACACCAGCAGGUUGUGACCAAGUGUUCAUCAAUUGAACAGAAGCUGAAACAAGUCUCAGAGGAGAUGAGCUGUCAGAGGCACAACGCUGAGAGCUGCAAACGAGCCCUGGAGCAGAAACUCAAGGACCAAGAGAGAGACAGUCAAAAGGAGCUAGCUCAGCUGCAGAAUUCUCACCAGGCUUUGGACCAGCAGCUGAACCAGACCAGAACCAAGCUAACACAAGAGAUCCAACAGUCUAAAAAAGAACACAACGUACUGCAGGCUGACAUGGAGAAGGCGUCCUUUCAAAAGAGUCAGAUGGAGAGGGAGGUGGAGGAGCACAAGCAGAAACUGCUGAGGUCAGAGCAGAGCCUCCAGGUCAGUCAGACCAAAGAGCAGGACCUCUGCAAGAAGAUGGAGGAGCUGCAGAAAGAGAAGAACAGUGUGACUGUUCAGUUGGAUCAGAGCAGCAGGCGUCUUAGUCAGCUGGAGGAGGAGAAGAAGGGUUCAGAUCAGAGCUUUAAACGCACCCAGGGCUUACUAGAUGACCUCAAAGCUAAAUCUGAAGGGCAGGCGGAUGAGCUGAAGAGACUUCAGACUAAACUGGAGCAGCAGACUCAGAAUUCAGCCCGAGAUCUGGACCAUUUGAAAAAGACACUUUCUGAUGCAGAGACCAAAAAUGACAGAUCUCAGAGUGAACUGCAGAAACAGAAGCAAGAGACCGAGAGGCUGACCAACAAGUUGACAGUUUUGGAGAAGGAGAGCCAAGAGCUGCAAUCCAAUCUCAGUGCGAGUCAGAAGGAGAGCAAGGAACUGAUUCAAGAACAUCAAGUUCUGCUGGAGUGGAAGAAAGAAAAGGAGACCGUGGUUAAUGAAACCGAGGCUGUGCAGAAAGUCCUCACUGACAAGAUUGAAAACUUGGAGAAGAGCAUCAACUCGCUAAAUGAGGCCAAUGAGGCAGUUAAGAAGCAGCUCACGUGUGUGGAGGGAGACAAGGCCCGUCUGUCUGCUCUCAUCGAUUCCCUGAAGGGAGAACUUCUGAACAAGAGCACAGAGUUGGAGGAGAGGGAGCAUCAGUACAACCAGCUCCAGUCUAAAUUAUCAGAGGUUGGACAGAAACACACCAAAGACCUGGAGAAUGUGGCUGUGCAAGUGGCCCAGCUUGAAGCACAGGUCAAAGCUCUGGAGUUGCGGUUGCAAAGGGAAACGAGUCGAGCAGAGCAGGCUGAGAAGACGAUCACAGAGCUGCAGGGGGAGCACCAGGCCGCCUGCGACCUCGCUCACUCCAAAGAUCAGCUGGUGGAGUUAGGCCAAGCUGAGAUCAGCCAGCUGAGAGACAGCCUCGCUCACACCUCUGCACAGCAAGAGGAGCAAGCUGCCAGGUUGGCCGAGGAGAAGGCGGCCCUGCUGAAGCAGUGUGAGGAGAGCGUUUCAGAGAAGGUGGAAGAGACCGAGACGCUCAAGCUGCAGCUGGAAGAAGUUCAGCAAGCGCUGCUGCUCACCCACAAACAGAUCAGUUCCACGCAUCAUUUGCUAAAGGUCCAGGAGCAACUGGGAGCUGAGCUUCAGAAACAAAUCAAGACGUUGUCUGACAAAGAAGAGGAACACAAGAAGAUGCAUGAGAAGAAAUCAGAAGAGCUCAAAGAGUUGGAGGGGGAGCUGAAGGAUCUGCAGAGCCACGCAGAAGCGAAGGAGAAGCAGCUCGGAGAGGCGGACGCUCACAUUUUGUCUCUGGAGAAACAAACGGCUGAGCUGGAAAAUGCAGCUCAAGAGACGAAGAAGGAGGCCGAGAACCUCCAGCAGUCUCACACUGAGAAGAUCAACUGCCUUCUGGAGCAGAUAUCUUCCUUACAAGAGGAGCUGACUGCGAGCAAAGACGAAGCAGAGAAGCUCCCAGCCUUGGAGAAAGAACUGGAAGUGGUCAACCAGUCCCAUGCUGAUCUUAAGAAGCAUCUAGAAGCUCUUGAGAAGAGUCACUCCUCUACUAUUGAAAUCAAAUCCAACUUGGAGAACACCAUGAACGAGAAAAUCAAUCUAAUCUGUAAUUUGGAGAACGAGGUUAAGGAGCUCGGAGAGAAGGCGAGCAAAGAGUCGGCAAAUCACACUUUGGAGGUUGAAAAUAUGAUCAACAAAGAGAAGAUCCUCAAAGAGAAGCUCGAGGCUGCGAGGAAAUCAGUUAAUGCUUCAAAGACAGAAUCAAGUACUCGACGGGGAGAGAUCAAGACCAUGAAGACGACUCUGUCUGCUGCUUCACACGGCUUAGAAGAGAGAGACAACGAGAUAAAGAGUCUGAAGGAGAAGCUCAAUAACGCUGAGGCAGAGCAGGCUCAAACAUCAGAUCUCUUGAAGGAGAAGAUGGUUGCCAUGCACAAAAUCAAGGUUCAGCUGGAGAUGCUUCAAAUGGACCUGGAGGACAACGAGACAGUCAUGAACACUUGUGAAAGUCAGGUGGAGGAACUGAAGAGAACCAUAGAGUCGCUGGAGGCUCAGCUGACUCACAACAACACCCAGAUGACUGACAUGGAGGCAAGACUGGAGGACAGCCAAGCCCAGGUCUCUGUCCUGGAAACCCGUUUAGAAGAUGUCCAAUCCCAGAACUCAGUGCUGGAGACGCAGUUUGUCACAGCGAGGGACGAGCUGAUGGAGAGGAGCUAUGAAAUUACUCGUCUCGAAGAGGACGUCGCCAAUCAGAAACAGCUGGAGGAGAGCGUUGCUACUUUUGAGUCUAAGCUCUGUCAGGCCACAGAGGAAAAUGUCAAGUUAGAGACAACUCUCAGGCAGGUCAUUGAAGACAAAGAUAAUAGUCUUAACCAGUUACAACAAGAGAAAAACUGCCUUGAAGCUUCUUUGAAACAGGUAACAGAUGAUAAAGAGACAGUAGAAACUGAAAUGAUUCGAGUAAAUGCAGAGAAGAAACAGCUGGAGGUCAGUUUGGAUGAGCUUUCUGAGAAGAACAAACAACUGCAGAACAACAUUCAGCAGUUAACUGAGGAAAAUCAGAAGGUCGAUCAACUCACCGCUCAGAAACAAGUCGCUGAAUCAACUCUGAGACAGGUCAACGAGGAGAAGGCCCAACUCGAUGUUACCCUCACUCUAAUUACUGAGGAGAAGGCCCAACUCGAUGUUACCCUCACUCUAAUUACUGAGGAGAAGGCCCAACUCGAGUCUAAACUAAAUGAGCUAGCCUCUGAAAACAGUAACGCUGUCACUAAAUGUAAUCAAGUAGUUGAGGAAAAGCUUCAACUAGAAGACAAUUAUAAUCAGCUGACCGAGGAGAAAAUCAGACUACAGUCUAGUGUGGAUCAAGUCACUGAGGAGAAGCUGCUGCUACAAGACAGCAUAGAGCGGCGGGAAGACGAGGUGGCUUCACUUAAAGAGCAGCUGAAGAGGAUGGUGAAGAGGACCGAGGAGGAGAACAGAGAGAGGAACCGACAGUUUGAGGCUGAGCAGGCUGAGCUGCAUCAGAAGUUGGCGAGUUUACAGACGGAGCUGACUGAGUUGAAGCUGCUGUACGACUCCCUGCUGGAGCAGGUGGGCCAGCAGCACAGCCUCAUACAGCAGCUCUCUGGACCACAAGGUACCCAGCACCCAGGAGAACAAAUCAUCCACAUGGAGAACCAGGAGACAUUGGAUAUUGUUGAAGCAGCAGGGCAGAUUGAUGUAGAGCUGACACUUGAUACGAGCUCCAGUCUUGAGUCCCUUCCAGUAAAUGAACAGCUGAGCCCUGAGGUGUCUGAACUGGAACUUUCCCACCAUUCUGACAAGGACUUCAGUGAGACAGAGCUGGUGUUCAAGGAGGACAUCAGUGAGCAAGAGAUGAUCCAGGAACAGCUGGAGGAGGAGAGGGAGGCACGUGUGGCAGAUGUUGAGGAAGCGAGAUGUAAUGAGGAGAAGCAUCAGCUUCCUGAAGACGGCAGUAGUCCCAAAGAUGUCCCUGAAAGCACACCUGAAAUCUGUGAGAUGUCUCUACCAUCAUCAUCAUCCAUUGGGGAGACCAGACACUUGGAGUCCAUUGAGUCAUCCCAGGUCCAAGCUGACACAGCUAUGAUCACAAAACAAGAACUCCAGACCCUGCGCUCAGAGUUUGAUUCACUGAGUUCGGACCUGGCACUGAGAAUGGAGUUGACCUCCGAACUGGAAGUCCAAGUUCAAAACUUGGAGACGAAACUUCAAGCAACAGAGGAGCAGGCACAGGGUGCAGCGCAUAAGCUGAGCAUCGCUGUGGAGGAAAAGAAAGUCGCUGCUGACCAGUUGUUCCAGCUGUCAGAAGAGAGGGAGACCUUAACUCAGCAGCUGCAAACAGCUAAAUUCCAGCUGACUGAUGUGAUGGAGAUGAUGGAAGGACUAGAGAUGGCCAAAGGUGGUUGGGACGAAAAAUUCUUUCAGCAGGAGAGUGAGCUGAGGAGGGUUCGCUCUGAGAAAGCUAACCUGGAGCAGCACAUCCUGGGCAUGGAGUCUGAGCUGGAGACCCUGCAGGGGCAGAGGAGCAAACUGGGGACUGAGAUGGAGACGCAGAGGAGGACAUGUUCAGGCAUGGAGCAGCAGAUAGAAACUCUCAGGACAGAGACAACCCAGCUCAGGUCUGAACUUGUGUCCUGCACCGAGGAGCGAGACGACCUGAACCAGUCCAUGGGCCAAUGGAGAGACAAAGUUCACAACCUGGAGAACACGAACUGUGACACCAGAAACCUAAUCUCCAUCCUGGAGGAUGACAUCAGAGCAGGGAGGAAGGAGUAUGAAGCCCUUCAAAGCAGCAUGGAGAAACUGAAGACUGAGAGGCAGCAGCUGCUGGAUCAGGUUAAGGCACUGGAGCAGGCAAUAUCCCAUCAGAGUGGAGAAAGAGAUGAGCUGAUCGGGAAGCUGGACCAAAUCCAAGAAGAUCACACAUCAGCCGAUAACAACACGGAGUCCAUGGUCGGCAAGAUACAGGCGUUACAGGGAGAAGUGUGCCGCCUCUCACAGUCUCUGGAGUCUUCUCUUCUGGAAAAGGGAGAGAUUGCCUCUCGCCUGAACUCAACCCAAGAGGAGGUCCAGCAGAUGAGGACUGGGAUUGAAAAGCUGCAGGUUCGCAUCGAGUCAGACGAGAGGAAGAAAAAGAAGAUGGGAGAGAUGCUCAAAGCUGUCCAGAGGAAAUCUGACUCGCUGCAAGAUCGCAUUGCUGUCCUGGAGCGAGAGAAGGAAGACCAAGAGGAGAGUCUGGAGGAGGCUGUGCUUCAGGCUGAGACAGCCACAGCUGAGCUGGAGGAGGAAAGGAUAAAGGUAGAGGAGGAGAAGAGGGAACUCACCGAGAAACUUUCCGAGCUGUCUGCCACACUGGACGACCUGAGAUCUGAGAAAGAACACAUGGAGAGUGAGCUGGAGACAAAGAACAGAGAGAUAGAAGAACUGAAGUCCGCUAAGGAGCAGCUGGAGAGAGGGUUGGAGAAGGCAGAGGUGGAGAGAAGAGAGGAAGAGAAAAGGCAGAAAGAGCUGGAGAAAGGAAUGAGAGAGGAAGCUGAGCGGCAAACAAGGAACAUGGACGACCUCCAGGCACAGCUGGAAGCCUCCCAGCAGAGAGAGACCUCCCUGGAGCAAAGGGGUGCAGAAACGGAAGGGGAGAGAGAGAGGCUGCAGUCUCUGCUGGUGGAGAUGGAGAAAGAGAAAUCCUGUCUGCACACUUCUCUGGAGGAGUGGCAGACUGAGAGAGAGAAACUCCGCUCUGAGGGAGAGGAGUGGGAGAAGGAGAGGGAGAAACUCCGCUCUGAGGGAGAGGAGUGGGAGAAGGAGAGUAACAACCUGAGGAACAGUAUUAAGGCUUUAGAGGAAGAAAUAAAAGAGCUCCAAACACAGAAUAAAGCUCAAGAAGAAAAGAGGGAAAUGCUGGAGAGGGAGGCAGAGCAGAAGAACGCUUCAGUAAAAUCCAUCCAGGAGGAAGUGCUCUCAACUCUGUCUUCAGUGGAACAAGAGAGAGAUCAUCUGCAGUGCACUCUUUCAUCUGUAGAAGGAGAGAAAGAAAGGCUGGAGCAAGAGAGGGGGGUGUUAGCUGAGGAGAAAGAAAAGCUACAGGCUGACCUCUCAUUGGUCGAAAAGGACACGCAACAAACUCUAUCUUCAUUGAAGGAAGAGAAGGAAAGAACGGAGCAGGAGAAACUAAAGAUCGAUGGGGAAAAACAAGAACUGCAGUCUUCCCUUUCUUCGAUUGAAGUCGAGAAAAAUAACCUGUCCUCGGCUCUUUCCUCCCUGGAACAAGAGAAGGAGACACUUCAGUCUACAGUUGCCUCGAUGGAGAAGGAGUUGGAAGAGUCCAAAGAGUCUGCAGCAAAGCUCAAUGAGCAGGUGUCACAGCUAACGUCUCAGGCCGCUCGUCUGUCCAAAGAGAGAGACUCUGCCCGAGGCAAGAUGAGUCUCUUGAUGAAGACCUGCAAACAGCUGGAGCAGGAGAAGCAAGAGAUGCUGAACGGCUCAGGUGACGUAAAGAGCAGCGACGCGGUGGAGACUGAGGCGAAGCAGCUGAAGGAGGCGGCAGAGCAGAGAGAGAAGGAAGUGGAAGACCUGAAGAGUGCUCUGCAGCAGAAGAAGGUGGAGGCAGAAGAAAAAAUAGUGGAGUCACAACAAAAAAGUAAGGAAGUGGAAGAACUUAAGGCUGCCCUCGAUGGAAAGAAGAAAGAGAUAGAAGAGAGGAACGGAGAGCUGCAGGAGAUGAAGAGCGAGUUUGACGAACUAAACCAAAACCUGGAAGACAAAAGCAAGGAGGCCGACGAGAGCAUAGAAAAAUACUGCAGCGUUAUGCUUAAAGUCCACAAACUGGAAGAGACCAACGAUUCACUGACGACCCGGCUGGAGCAGCUCACUGCUAGCCGACCAGCUAACGAAUCAAACGUCCCCUCCAGCGGCGCGGACGCUACUCGCCGGCGCCGCUCAGGGAGGAAGUCUUACUCCAAACAUCCAGAGGAAAAACUGGAUGAGAACACAGAGAACAAUGCACCUUUAACUCUGCAGAGGUCUCCUCAAGGGAAACGAGCUCACCGUGACAUCAGUAAUAAAGACAGCGCCCAGGAGGCCCUGCACAACCUGACAAAGAAGAUCAAAGCCAACGCAGUGACUACACCCAAACCAAAAACUGAGCAGGAAGACGAGGAGUUCAGACCAGAGGGGCUGCCUGAGCUGGUGCAGAGAGGUUUUGGUGAUAUUCCUCUGGGGGAGGCCAGUCCGUUCAUCAUGAGGAGAACCACAGUGAAGCGCUGCAGUCCUCGACUCGCUGCCAAACAGACGGUUCCCUCUUCUGAUGGCAUGGUCUUGGGGUCCAUGCCCUGUCUCUCCCCGAAUGGUGAGGAGAAAUCUGCACACCGCUCGCUGAGUGUCCACCAGACACCAGAGAAACAAGAAGACAACUGCCACACAGAGGACUCUGAAAGAUCUGAGAGAUAUGACAAAUCAUCUGGCCUUCAGGAAGCCCUGGAUGAGGAGAGAAAAGCCAAAGCAGAGGAGCAAACAAAAAGCAGCUCACUGCAGAUGAACAACGAGGCUGCUGUCUCUCAGCAGAAGAAGGAAGCAGAAGAACUGGCCCGUCUGACUCAACACCUCACCUAUGAGAACAAAAGACUGCAAAGUGAACUGGAGGCUGCUGUCAAUAAACAGCACAUUGAGGAGAAGAAGCUUCAGGACGACAGAAGAGCUUACAGCAGACUGGAGGAGAACCUUAAGAACGAGGAGGCUCGUUUCUCCAGAGCCUCACAGAAGAUCCAGAGCCAAGAGAAAGAGCUGUCUGAGAAGACCCUGGCUUUGGAGGGACUGCAGAGGGACUACGAGGCUGCUGUCUCUCAGCAGAAGAAGGAAGCAGAAGAACUGGCCCGUCUGACUCAGAGGAACCAACACCUCGCCUAUGAGAACAAAAGACUGCAAAGUGAACUGGAGGCUGCUGUCAAUAAACAGCACAUUGAGGAGAAACAGUCCGAAAUCGAAGAGAUUGCGAACUUUGAUGAUAAGACUUUUGAGUUUGCUGAGGAGGAGGAGGAAGAUAUUAACGAGCAGACCUCCAUCUCCAGCAACAGAGAAAACUACAGCGUCACUUCCUUUGCUGAUACAGACGACGACAUUAAAGAAUUGCCUGACCUAGACCUAGACCCAGAGUCAGAAAUGGAAGAGAUUUCGGACUUUGGAUCAGUCUCUGUCCUGGAAACCCGUUUAGAAGAUGUCCAAUCCCAGAACUCAGUGCUGGAGACGCAGUUUGUCACAGCAAGGGACGAGCUGAUGGAGAGGAGCUAUGAAAUUACUCGUCUCGAAGAGGACGUCGCCAAUCAGAAACAGCUGGAGGAGAGCGUUGCUACUUUUGAGUCUAAGCUCUGUCAGGCCACAGAGGAAAAUGUCAAGUUAGAGACAACUCUCAGGCAGGUAAUUGAAGACAAAGAUAAUAGUCUUAACCAGUUACAACAAGAGAAAAACUGCCUUGAAGCUUCUUUGAAACAGGUAACAGAUGAUAAAGAGACAGUAGAAACUGAAAUGAUUCGAGUAAAUGCAGAGAAGAAACAGCUGGAGGUCAGUUUGGAUGAGCUUUCUGAGAAGAACAAACAACUGCAGAACAACAUUCAGCAGUUAACUGAGGAAAAUCAGAAGGUCGAUCAACUCACCGCUCAGAAACAAGUCGCUGAAUCAACUCUGAGACAGGUCAACGAGGAGAAGGCCCAACUCGAUGUUACCCUCACUCUAAUUACUGAGGAGAAGGCCCAACUCGAUGUUACCCUCACUCUAAUUACUGAGGAGAAGGCCCAACUCGAUGUUACCCUCACUCUAAUUACUGAGGAGAAGGCCCAACUCGAUGUUACCCUCACUCUAAUUACUGAGGAGAAGGCCCAACUCGAGUCUAAACUAAAUGAGCUAGUCUCUGAAAACAGUAACGCUGUCACUAAAUGUAAUCAAGUAGUUGAGGAAAAGCUUCAUCUAGAAGACAAUUAUAAUCAGCUGACCGAGGAGAAAAUCAGACUACAGUCUAGUGUGGAUCAAGUCACUGAGGAGAGAAUCAGACUACAGUCUAGUGUGGAUCAAGUCACCGAGGAGAAAAUCAGACUACAGUCUAGUGUGGAUCAAGUCACCGAGGAGAAGCUGCUGCUACAAGACAGCAUAGAGCGGCGGGAAGACGAGGUGGCUUCACUUAAAGAGCAGCUGAAGAGGACCGAGGAGGAGAACAGAGAGAGGAACCGACAGUUUGAGGCGGAGCAGGCUGAGCUGCAUCAGAAGUUGGCGAGUUUACAGACGGAGCUGACUGAGUUGAAGCUGCUGUACGACUCCCUGCUGGAGCAGGUGGGCCAGCAGCACAGCCUCAUACAGCAGCUCUCUGGACCACAAGGUACCCAGCACCCAGGAGAACAAAUCAUCCACAUGGAGAACCAGGAGACAUUGGAUAUUGUUGAAGCAGCAGGGCAGAUUGAUGUAGAGCUGACACUUGAUACGAGCUCCAGUCUUGAGUCCCUUCCAGUAAAUGAACAGCUGAGCCCUGAGGUGUCUGAACUGGAACUUUCCCACCAUUCUGACAAGGACUUCAGUGAGACAGAGCUGGUGUUCAAGGAGGACAUCAGUGAGCAAGAGAUGAUCCAGGAACAGCUGGAGGAGGAGAGGGAGGCACGUGUGGCAGAUGUUGAGGAAGUGAGCUGUAAUGAGGAGAAGCAUCAGCUUCCUGAAGACGGCAGUAGUCCCAAAGAUGUCCCUGAAAGCACACCUGAAAUCUGUGAGAUGUCUCUACCAUCAUCAUCAUCCAUUGGGGAGACCAGACACUUGGAGUCCAUUGAGUCAUCCCAGGUCCAAGCUGACACAGCUAUGAUCACAAAACAAGAACUCCAGACCCUGCGCUCAGAGUUUGAUUCACUGAGUUCGGACCUGGCACUGAGAAUGGAGUUGACCUCCGAACUGGAAGUCCAAGUUCAAAACUUGGAGACGAAACUUCAAGCAACAGAGGAGCAGGCACAGGGUGCAGCGCAUAAGCUGAGCAUCGCUGUGGAGGAAAAGAAAGUCGCUGCUGACCAGUUGUUCCAGCUGUCAGAAGAGAGGGAGACCUUAACUCAGCAGCUGCAAACAGCUCAAUUCCAGCUGACUGAUGUGAUGGAGAUGAUGGAAGGACUAGAGAUGGCCAAAGGUGGUUGGGACGAGAAAUUCUUUCAGCAGGAGAGUGAGCUGAGGAGGGUUCGCUCUGAGAAAGCUAACCUGGAGCAGCACAUCCUGGGCAUGGAGUCUGAGCUGGAGACCCUGCAGGGGCAGAGGAGCAAACUGGGGACUGAGAUGGAGACGCAGAGGAGGACAUGUUCAGGCAUGGAGCAGCAGAUAGAAACUCUCAGGACAGAGACAACCCAGCUCAGGUCUGAACUUGUGUCCUGCACCGAGGAGCGAGACGACCUGAACCAGUCCAUGGGCCAAUGGAGAGACAAAGUUCACAACCUGGAGAACACGAACUGUGACACCAGAAACCUAAUCUCCAUCCUGGAGGAUGACAUCAGAGCAGGGAGGAAGGAGUAUGAAGCCCUUCAAAGCAGCAUGGAGAAACUGAAGACUGAGAGGCAGCAGCUGCUGGAUCAGGUUAAGGCACUGGAGCAGGCAAUAUCCCAUCAGAGUGGAGAAAGAGAUGAGCUGAUCGGGAAGCUGGACCAAAUCCAAGAAGAUCACACAUCAGCCGAUAACAACACGGAGUCCAUGGUCGGCAAGAUACAGGCGUUACAGGGAGAAGUGUGCCGCCUCUCACAGUCUCUGGAGUCUUCUCUUCUGGAAAAGGGAGAGAUUGCCUCUCGCCUGAACUCAACCCAAGAGGAGGUCCAGCAGAUGAGGACUGGGAUUGAAAAGCUGCAGGUUCGCAUCGAGUCAGACGAGAGGAAGAAAAAGAAGAUGGGAGAGAUGCUCAAAGCUGUCCAGAGGAAAUCUGACUCGCUGCAAGAUCGCAUUGCUGUCCUGGAGCGAGAGAAGGAAGACCAAGAGGAGAGUCUGGAGGAGGCUGUGCUUCAGGCUGAGACAGCCACAGCUGAGCUGGAGGAGGAAAGGAUAAAGGUAGAGGAGGAGAAGAGGGAACUCACCGAGAAACUUUCCGAGCUGUCUGCCACACUGGACGACCUGAGAUCUGAGAAAGAACACAUGGAGAGUGAGCUGGAGACAAAGAACAGAGAGAUAGAAGAACUGAAGUCCGCUAAGGAGCAGCUGGAGAGAGGGUUGGAGAAGGCAGAGGUGGAGAGAAGAGAGGAAGAGGAAAGGCAGAAAGAGCUGGAGAAAGGAAUGAGAGAGGAAGCUGAGCGGCAAACAAGGAACAUGGACGACCUCCAGGCACAGCUGGAAGCCUCCCAGCAGAGAGAGACCUCCCUGGAGCAAAGGGGUGCAGAAACGGAAGGGGAGAGAGAGAGGCUGCAGUCUCUGCUGGUGGAGAUGGAGAAAGAGAAAUCCUGUCUGCACACUUCUCUGGAGGAGUGGCAGACUGAGAGAGAGAAACUCCGCUCUGAGGGAGAGGAGUGGGAGAAGGAGAGGGAGAAACUCCGCUCUGAGGGAGAGGAGUGGGAGAAGGAGAGUAACAACCUGAGGAACAGUAUUAAGGCUUUAGAGGAAGAAAUAAAAGAGCUCCAAACACAGAAUAAAGCUCAAGAAGAAAAGAGGGAAAUGCUGGAGAGGGAGGCAGAGCAGAAGAACGCUUCAGUAAAAUCCAUCCAGGAGGAAGUGCUCUCAACUCUGUCUUCAGUGGAACAAGAGAGAGAUCAUCUGCAGUGCACUCUUUCAUCUGUAGAAGGAGAGAAAGAAAGGCUGGAGCAAGAGAGGGGGGUGUUAGCUGAGGAGAAAGAAAAGCUACAGGCUGACCUCUCAUUGGUCGAAAAGGACACGCAACAAACUCUAUCUUCAUUGAAGGAAGAGAAGGAAAGAACGGAGCAGGAGAAACUAAAGAUCGAUGGGGAAAAACAAGAACUGCAGUCUUCCCUUUCUUCGAUUGAAGUCGAGAAAAAUAACCUGUCCUCGGCUCUUUCCUCCCUGGAACAAGAGAAGGAGACACUUCAGUCUACAGUUGCCUCGAUGGAGAAGGAGUUGGAAGAGUCCAAAGAGUCUGCAGCAAAGCUCAAUGAGCAGGUGUCACAGCUAACGUCUCAGGCCGCUCGUCUGUCCAAAGAGAGAGACUCUGCCCGGAGCAAGAUGAGUCUCUUGAUGAAGACCUGCAAACAGCUGGAGCAGGAGAAGCAAGAGAUGCUGAACGGCUCAGGUGACGUAAAGAGCAGCGACGCGGUGGAGACUGAGGCGAAGCAGCUGGAGGCGGCAGAGCAGAGAGAGAAGGAAGUGGAAGACCUGAAGAGUGCUCUGCAGCAGAAGAAGGUGGAGGCAGAAGAAAAAAUAGUGGAGUCACAACAAAAAAGUAAGGAAGUGGAAGAACUUCAGGCUGCCCUCGAUGGAAAGAAGAAAGAGAUAGAAGAGAGGAACGGAGAGCUGCAGGAGAUGAAGAGCGAGUUUGACGAACUAAACCAAAACCUGGAAGACAAAAGCAAGGAGGCCGACGAGAGCAUAGAAAAAUACUGCAGCGUUAUGCUUAAAGUCCACAAACUGGAAGAGACCAACGAUUCACUGACGACCCGGCUGGAGCAGCUCACUGCUAGCCGACCAGCUAACGAAUCAAACGUCCCCUCCAGCGGCGCGGACGCUACUCGCCGGCGCCGCUCAGGGAGGAAGUCUUACUCCAAACAUCCAGAGGAAAAACUGGAUGAGAACACAGAGAACAAUGCACCUUUAACUCUGCAGAGGUCUCCUCAAGGGAAACGAGCUCACCGUGACAUCAGUAAUAAAGACAGCGCCCAGGAGGCCCUGCACAACCUGACAAAGAAGAUCAAAGCCAACGCAGUGACUACACCCAAACCAAAAACUGAGCAGGAAGACGAUGAGUUCAGACCAGAGGGGCUGCCUGAGCUGGUGCAGAGAGGUUUUGGUGAUAUUCCUCUGGGGGAGGCCAGUCCGUUCAUCAUGAGGAGAACCACAGUGAAGCGCUGCAGUCCUCGACUCGCUGCCAAACAGACGGUUCCCUCUUCUGAUGGCAUGGUCUUGGGGUCCAUGCCCUGUCUCUCCCCGAAUGGUGAGGAGAAAUCUGCACACCGCUCGCUGAGUGUCCACCAGACACCAGAGAAACAAGAAGACAACUGCCACGUCCAGUAGAUUAUGAUAGACACAGUUUUGCACUUGUGAUAUGUUUGCAGAAAUAUACACAUGCAUGCGUCAUUAAUAUAAACAAUCCACCUUUUUAAAAUCACACGUUAACAUAAAGACUCAUUUAUUUUCUUUAUAUUUGGGGUUGGCACUGGGUUUUUCUGGGUCUUUAAAGUCACAACUACACCCGUCAAUGUCUCAUUUAUCUGUUGGAUGGUUUAAACGCAUUACAAACAAAUCAAUAACCAAUAUAAGAUGAUGAGGCAGGUUAAACGAGUGUUGAGUUUCUUCAAAGCACUAUUUUUCUAAAGAGAUUUUUAAGGAAACUCCUUGAAAUGUCAGACGAGUGUUCUAGUGUGAAUUCGAAGAUCCCCUUUUUCUGCUCCUCUUUCUUCAUGGCUUCAGCUUGCAACUGUUUCCUUGUCUUUACCACUCUGGUUGUACUUUAUUUCCUUUUGUACUGUAUUUGUGUCCUUUGUUUGCGAGAGUCUUGAGCCUUGUACAUAGUCGAUAAUAUACAGUAAAUCAACUAUUCAUCGUCUAUCUGUUAGUCCUGUAUCAUAUCAUAUAUUUUCUCAUGGCAGCUAAGAUUUUGUAGAUUUUAUGCAUUAAUAUUUUUGUAGUUAAACUCAAGAACACAUGUUUUUUAAAACAUUUCUUACUAAUCUUUGCAGAAAAUGAUAAAAGCAGAUGUGAUUUAUAACUCUCCUUUUUGUAUGUUUAUAGUUAAUUGUUACUGAUCAUUGGCCUUUUUAUACUAAACUUUUACUGCUUCA